GGCGCGAGGAAGGGGGUGCGUGCAGGGCCAGCGGCCAGGCAAAGAAAGUCCCGCCGCUCUGCAGGCGGGACACAGAGAUGGAAACUGCAGAGAGUGAGUUUCCAGAUCCCAGGGUGGUGGGGAGGGCCUGACGCUGGCCUGCAAGAGUGCGGGACAGCGGUUGGAGUGGAGGCCCCUAGAAAAAAAGGGGGCAUCGCAGGCACAGCUGGGGGGCGAUGGGGCCGACCAAGGGGUGCUAGGUUCCCCCGGUGACCAGUGCCCAUCAGCUCUUGCACACAGCCCGGCCCAGGUCUCUGGACCCCACAGCAGGGGACCCAAGCCUGUGUCUCCCGCCUGAACCACCCUCCCCAAGGGCCAUUCCAUCACCACGGACGCUGGGAAAUAAUGGAGGCAUUGUUGGAGGGCUGGCCAGAUGCCAGCAGGGUGGGCCGCCUCCUUAACCUGCCGCCGCCCCUUCCCCAGUCCAGCCACACACGACCCCUGAUCGCUUCGGCAGCAGCUGACACUCAGCCACCUGCACCCAGCACAGCCCGCACACACUCGGCUUUGCACCCGCGUGUCCUUGCCCUGGCCCUUCUUGGGUAACAAGUGCUGUGCAAAGUGAAGGGGCAGAAAGCUGGCUGCAUGGGCCACUGCUCAAAACGGACACAUUGGACCUGCUGGGAGCUGGGAGGGAGGGGUUGUGGUUUCUUGUGUCCAUCCUUCUGGGCCUGGGCCCUUAAAGCUCACAGUCCAGAAGCCAUAGGCAGAGUGGACAGAGUAUUGCUGUGAGACCCACAGGGAGAGGGACCUGCAGGAUGGCAUCAGCCCCUGGUCCCCCAACCCUUCCUGUGUGUUUCUGCUCACUGCCAGGGCACCCCUGCCUUUGCCAUGUCCUGUGCUGCCGAGGGCCACCCACUGCUGUGUUCUUCCCCGGGUGGCUGCCCAGGGCUGGUGCUGGCCCAGGGCCCUCUGGGCAGGGGUGGGUGCGUCCCUCUGCCUGCAAGGACAGGUGGGUUCUGGAGAGCUCACCUGUGUGGACUGGGGCAAGAGGCUGAAAUAUCAGAGAUCCCGCUGUGCGCCGGCUGUGACCAGCACAUCCUGGACCGCUUCAUCCUCAAGGCUCUGGACCGCCACUGGCACAGCAAGUGUCUCAAGUGCAGCGACUGCCACACGCCACUGGCCGAGCGCUGCUUCAGCCGAGGGGAGAGCGUUUACUGCAAGGACGACUUUUUCAGGCGCUUCGGGACCAAGUGCGCCGCGUGCCAGCUGGGCAUCCCGCCCACGCAGGUGGUGCGCCGCGCCCAGGACUUCGUGUACCACCUGCACUGCUUUGCCUGCGUCGUGUGCAAGCGGCAGCUGGCCACGGGCGACGAGUUCUACCUCAUGGAGGACAGCCGGCUCGUGUGCAAGGCGGACUACGAAACCGCCAAGCAGCGAGAGGCCGAGGCCACGGCCAAGCGGCCGCGCACGACCAUCACCGCCAAGCAGCUGGAGACGCUGAAGAGCGCUUACAACACCUCGCCCAAGCCGGCGCGCCACGUGCGCGAGCAGCUCUCGUCCGAGACGGGCCUGGACAUGCGCGUGGUGCAGGUUUGGUUCCAGAACCGCCGGGCCAAGGAGAAGAGGCUGAAGAAGGACGCCGGCCGGCAGCGCUGGGGGCAGUAUUUCCGCAACAUGAAGCGCUCCCGCGGCGGCUCCAAGUCGGACAAGGACAGCGUUCAGGAGGGGCAGGACAGCGACGCUGAGGUCUCCUUCCCUGAUGAGCCUUCCUUGGCGGAAAUGGGCCCGGCCAAUGGCCUCUACGGGAGCUUGGGGGAACCCACCCAGGCCUUGGGCCGGCCCUCGGGAGCCCUGGGCAACUUCUCCCUGGAGCAUGGAGGCCUGGCAGGCCCAGAGCAGUACCGAGAGCUGCGUCCCGGCAGCCCCUACGGUGUCCCCCCAUCCCCCGCCGCCCCACAGAGCCUCCCUGGCCCCCAGCCCCUCCUCUCCAGCCUGGUGUACCCAGACACCAGCUUGGGCCUUGUGCCCUCGGGAGCCCCCGGCGGGCCCCCACCCAUGAGGGUGCUGGCAGGGAACGGACCCAGUUCUGACCUAUCCACGGGGAGCAGCGGGGGUUACCCCGACUUCCCUGCCAGCCCCGCCUCCUGGCUGGAUGAGGUAGACCACGCUCAGUUCUGACCCAGGCCCGGCUCCACCCUGCACCAGACACGAGGGAGCUGCCCCUGGGUGGGCGGCUCGGGGCUGCUGGGGUUUCCGAGGAAGUGGGGCCAGGGCGUCAAGGGAGGGCUGGUGCCUUCGGAGCCUCCCACUGCCGACCGCACAGCUCCCUCUCUGGGGGCUGAGGGACCCACCUGGCCCCUCCUCUGACACAGGGCUGGCCCGCCAGGUGGCCUCCCAGCAAGCCAGCCUUUUUUGUAAGCAAAUUUCUCCCCUUUAUUGACCAAUUAACUGAGCACUUGCUGCUAUUUCUAGACAUGAAAUGUCACCUUGCUGAGGCCCAGACCAGCCCAGCAUAGCCCGAGGGCUGGAAAAACGCUUUCAUCUCUAAAACUGAGAAAUCAUCAUAAUUGUGCUUUCACUUCCCAGGCUCCGUGUGUCUUGGAGCUGUCACCCCGAGGCUCCCUCUUUAGGUCGGAGAUUGGCCUUGCCUGUCGAGGCAAGAGGAUGCAGAGGCGGGGACACACCUGUCUCCUCCGGGAGAGGCCCCCUCCUCUCCCCAGACCACAGGGGGCCUCCCUGCCUCCAGCCCCACCUUCCCCGGGAGCAGCUUUCCCCAAUCCCCAGGUCUCUAGAUCAUUCUGUUCUCGAGUAUCCUGUGGAGGAGGCAAAAAUGCCUGGCGCCCCUUCUCUCCAAGCUCAAUUCUCUAAGCCCCUCAGGGUCUCCUCCUCACCCCACCCCAGGCCCUUGGUGUCCAGGCUGCACCCACAGAUGUCUGUUGCCAAACAGCCUGCCAGCCCCAGAUUGGGAAGUCUCCCCGCUGGAGAAGGGUGGGGCUCCUCUGAGCCUGCCCUGCCUCCUCCAUCAGAUCCUUUGCGAAGAAGUUUCUGGGAGACGCCCGCAGCUGUGCGUGCCCCAGACACAAAGCCUGGCCUGUGUGUAAGUCAAAGUCACUCCCGCAAACCUGAAUCUCGAGCUACCUAUUGGUUCUGUGAAUGUUCUGUGUCUUUUAUUUAUUCUCGGGUGAUCAGCUCUUUCCAAGACUUCAAUAAAUUUGUCAGUUACAGUCAA